CGUGGCACUGCCAUUGUGGUGGAUCUUUAAACUUUACGAUAAGGCUAUGGCCUAUGGCUCUCCAUUUCGCAAAACGAACACACAGAAAAACCAAAUCCUUCUUCACUCAUCCUGUGGCCAGAAAUGGAGCUAAUUAACAAUGUCAUGAAACCCAAUCCAAACCGACGGUUUAGAUCGUCUCGUCCACUAAUCAUCCACCGUCGGAUGGUAUCAAAAGGGAAUUGGGGUCACAGCCACUAUAAGAAGGGCAGCUCUGUUUUGGGUGUGAGGCAGAUAAAGAAGGAAAAAAAAAAGCAAGCAGCUUUAGAGUACUAAGGCGAAUUUUGAGAGCAAUGGCGUCCAUGAUUUCGUCCUCCGCCGUCGCCACCGUGAGCCGCACCGGCGCUCAGGCCAGCAUGGUCGCACCUUUCACCGGCCUCAAGUCCGCAGCCGCCUUCCCCGUCACCAAGAAGUCCACCAACGACAUUACUUCCAUCACAAGCAACGGUGGCAGAGUCCAGUGCAUGAAGGUGUGGCCACCAUUGGGUUUGAAGAAGUACGAGACCCUCUCCUACCUUCCUCCAUUGACUGAGGAGCAAUUGGGCAAGGAGGUCGACUACCUGCUCAGGUCUGGAUGGGUUCCUUGCUUGGAGUUCGAGUUGGAGCACGGUUUCGUGUACCGUGAGAACAACAGGUCCCCAGGGUACUACGACGGAAGGUACUGGGUGAUGUGGAAGCUGCCCAUGUUCGGGUGCACCGACUCGUCGCAGGUGCUCAAGGAGCUCCAGGAGUGCGUCAAGGAGUACCCCCAGGCGUUCGUCCGCAUCAUCGGGUUCGACAACAAGCGUCAGGUGCAGUGCAUCUCCUUCAUCGCCUACAAGCCCGAAGGCUACAACUAAACCUGACCUCCAAUUCCUACGUACCACCACCACGCCACCCGCAAAAAAAAUGAAGGGUCUUUUGUAAUCUCUAUAUAUAUUUGGGUGUCAGGCCUUCUUGUUCUUGUUGUUUUUGAAUUUGUAUUUUCCGAAAUUGUCAUUGUUUUCCCUUGGCUGGAUUCGGAUGUUGAAUGGUUGAGAUUUGUUUCAAGUAAUAAUAAUAGUACUUUGCAUAUA